AUGGCAGACGGUCAAGAAACCGACAAGAACAUCGAGAUAUGGAAGAUCAAGAAGCUGAUCAAGGCACUUGAGGCUGCCCAUGGAAACGGGACCAGCAUGAUCUCCCUCAUCAUGCCCCCUCGCGACCAGAUUGCUCGCGUGGCCAAGAUGCUCGGCGACGAGUAUGGAACCGCCUCAAACAUCAAGAGCCGCGUUAACCGCCAGUCGGUCCUUGGCGCAAUCACCUCUGCCCAGCAGCGCCUCAAGCUCUACAGCAAAGUCCCUCCCAACGGCCUUGUCCUGUACACAGGCACUAUUGUCACUGAAGAAGGGAAGGAAAAAAAAGUCACUUUCGAUUUCGAGCCCUUCCGCGCAAUAAACUCGUCCCUCUACCUUUGUGACAACAAGUUCCACACUGAAGCCCUUAAUGAGCUGUUGGAAUCGGAUGACAAGUUCGGUUUCAUUAUCAUGGAUGGCAAUGGCACACUUUUCGGGACCUUGAGUGGUAACACCCGUGAAAUCCUGCACAAGUUCACUGUCGAUCUGCCUAAGAAGCACGGGCGUGGGGGCCAGUCGGCCUUGCGUUUUGCCCGGUUGAGAAUGGAGAAGCGCCACAACUACGUGAGGAAGACUGCUGAGCUGGCGACCCAGUUCUACAUCAAUGCCCAGACGAGCCAGCCCAACGUGGCCGGGCUUAUCCUUGCUGGCUCGGCCGAUUUCAAGACCGAGCUGAGCCAGUCGGACAUGUUUGACCCCCGACUGCAGGCCAAGAUUCUGAAUGUGGUGGAUGUCUCGUACGGUGGGGAGAAUGGGUUCAAUCAGGCGAUCGAGCUCUCGGCUGAGAUCCUUUCAAACGUCAAGUUCAUACAGGAGAAGCGCCUGAUUGGGAAGUACUUUGAGGAGAUUAGUCAGGACACAGGCAAAUAUGUUUUCGGGGUGGAUGACACAUUGAAGGUUCUGGAGAUGGGGGCAGUCGAAACUUUAAUUGUCUGGGAGAAUCUUGACGUGACCAGAUUCAUACUCAAGAACACUACAACUGGCGAGAUUUUGAUUAAGAACCUGACCAAGGACCAAGCGGCUGACCAGAAGAAUUUCCGGGAUGCUGCAACGAAUGCUGAGCUGGAGGUGCAGGAGGAUAUGCUGCUGCUCGAGUGGUUUGCGAAUGAGUACCGGAAGUUUGGGUGCACUCUCGAGUUUGUGACCAACAAGUCUCAGGAGGGCUCCCAGUUUUGCCGUGGGUUUGGGGGUAUUGGGGGGAUACUACGCUACCAGCUGGAUGUCCGGGCAUUUGAUGAACUUUCGGAUGAUGGUGAACUUCUCGAGGAAUCUGAAUAG